AUGCCCGGUCCGACCCCCGCGACCUGGUCUCCUCGCUUCUCUCCCCGCCCUGCGCCCUCCGUCCCGCUCUCGCCACACCACUCGCCUUCUCCUGGGCUCCUCCACGCCGAUCCUCCCUUCCCCACUGUCUCCUUAUGCAAAUCAGCAAUCCUCUCCGCCGUACUCCCCGCGUUCGCUGCACCAGCGGGCUUCCACCGACGCAUCCUUCGCCCCCGGCCCUCGCCUGGCACAUCUCCUGCCCACGAUCCGUCACAACACCUCCAGCACUCGGAACCAGAGCUCCCGCGCUUGCACGACCCUAGCUCAGAUCCUCUGCAAGAACCCAACAGCGACGGGCUGCACGGAAGCUCAACGUCUAACCACACGGCGGGCCGUACCGCACAAACGCCUCCCCCUCCGAAGGCGCAGGACGAGUAG